GAGAGGGGCGGGGAUAGAUAGAUGUGAGGAAAAUAAAUAAAUUAAUAAGUGAGAGGAAGCGAAUCAAGUAAAAAAAAAAAAAACGCCACCAUCCCCCGAUCCCGUUUGAAAUACUGUCGGUGGUUGGUUUGAAUUGGUGGCUCCUGGAAGGACACGAUCUGUGGGGAUAAACUAAAGUGUUGUAGAUGGGGGAUGCUGCAAACCAGGGACCCUAUCCGUCUCUCCAUCCAAGCUCACCACAAAACGGGUCGCAGUGAGGAGGAUUAGGAAGGUGGAGGAUAAUCGAGCAUCACUGGAGGACCAGGGAACACUCUCCACAUAUGAACGUCCGUUAGAAUACAGUAAGCAUACAGCACAGCCUGCACGGAAACAUAAGACAGUAGGAUAGAUUUUUUUUGAGUAUGCUGUGAAAAAAUAUUCCAAAUCAGCCUUUUCUGUUUUUCCCAAACGGGGUUACCACGAAGGAAAUUUAACAUGCCUGAUUUCCUACUACAACCAGCCGAUGAUUGUUCCAGAAGGACAUGAGCAAUUCGUCACAAAACAUUCCCUUAUUGCGAUCGUAUAGAGAUACCCUCUUUCUAAUGAUACCUGGGACACUCUGGGUCAAGUCAACCUAAUUAAAGCGACGGUUAAUAUUACACGCCGUAAAGAUAGAAACUAGUUCAUUCAGGUCUUAUGUUUGUUUUUCUUUUUCAAGCCUAUUAUAUAGUAUUAAGUACAUAGUAUAUAGUAUACAUAGUAGUAGGCCUGCCUCUCUCAGUGGGUACGUGGAGGGAACCUGGGAGGACGUUCUUUGGGGGGGGUGGGGGGGGAGCGUAUUUGACGUUGCUUCUCGAGGUUCGUAACGCCGGGGAGAGAAGAUGUCGGGCCAGACACUGACCGACCGCAUUGCCGCGGCCCAGUACACGUUGACGGGCUCCGACGUGUGCCGAGCUGUAUGCAAGGCUACCACACACGAACAGACUGCACCAAAAAAGAAGCACCUGGAAUGUCUGAUCCAGGCCACCCAGGAGAACACAGUCAUUGUGCCCACAAUGGCGGACACGCUGUUGGAGAGGGUGGGCAAUGCCAGCUGGGUGGUGGUCUUCAAAGCUCUGAUCACCACCCACCACCUUAUGGUGCACGGCAACGAGAGGUUUCUCCAGUUCCUGGCCUCCAGAAACACCCUCUUCAACCUCAGCAACUUCCUGGAUAAAACUGGUUCACAUGGCUAUGACAUGUCCACGUUUAUCAGGCGCUACAGCCGCUAUCUCAACGAGAAGGCCUUCGCCUACAGACAGAUGUCCUUCGACUUCGGCCGAGUGAAGAAGGGUGCGGACGGAGCCAUGAGGACCAUGUCCGUGGAGAAGCUGCUGAAAGGGAUGCCCACCCUGCAGAGCCAGAUAGACGCGCUGAUGGAGUUUGACGUCCAGCCAAAAGAUAUGAACAACGCGGUGAUCAACUGCUGCUUUCUGAUGCUCUUCAAAGAUCUGAUCAAGCUGUACGCCUGCUACAACGAUGGCAUCAUCAACCUCCUAGAGAAAUUCUUCCAGAUGAAGAGAAGUCAGUGCAAAGACGGUCUUGAGAUCUACAAGAGGUUCCUCACGCGAAUGACCCGUGUCUCAGAGUUCUUCAAAGUCGCACAGCAAAUGGGAAUUGACAAGAACGACAUACCGGAGCACACUCAGGCCCCACAGAGUCUUCUGGAGUCCUUGGAGACUCAUCUCAACACUCUGGAGGGCAAGAAGCCAGAGGACAAGUCACCAAACAAGGAUUCCACAGAGAACAACGGCACGCCGAUGGCUGCUGCUGCUACACCUACAGCCACAGCUCCACCCAGACCCGUGGCAGCAGCGGCUGCAGCUGCUGCUGCCGCUGCUGCUUCAGCGGCGGGCCCACCCGCCUCCGGUGGCCCGCCGGCCCGCCCCGGACCCCCCCCGCGACCCGGCCACCGACCAGCCGUGACUCCCACUGCCCCCCCUCCAGCCCUGGCCCCGACCAGCAGCAAUGCCCUGGAUGAUGGCUUCCUGCUGGACCUGGAUCCCAUGUCCUCCUCAGCAGCAGGGGGCGCUGCGGCUGGCUCCUCUACUACAGCCUGGGGAGAUCUCCUGGCAGGGGCCACUCCGGCGGCUGUUUCUGACGGUGCAUCUGACGGAGAUGCUACCACCACCCCCGCCGCCACUACCACCCCCUCCACCACCACCACCACCACCUCCUCCUCCACCUCCGCAGGGGCUGUAGCUGCCGCCGCCGCUCCUGCUACUCCUGCCAAGACAGCCCCUCCCACUGCACUAGCCCCGCCCACUCCGGCCACCCUGCCCCCGCCAGCCUCUGCCACCUCUGACAUGGACCUGUUUGGAGAUGCAUUUGCUCCCUCCCCAGGAGAUGGUCCUGCAGCUGCGGCCGCCGGUCCUGCUGCCGAUGCCUUCGGUGGAUCUGACCCCUUCGCCACGACCGAGGGCAGUGCCAGCAUGGCCCCAGAGAUGGACCUGUUCGCCAUGAGGCCUUCGGACCCCCCGUCCGCGGAGACCCCCGCCACGCCCACCGCCGUCGCCACCGUGGUCGUCACCCCCGCCCCCAGUGAGGCGCCGGCCCCCGCAGCGGCCUCCACCCCUUCUUUAUCUUCUUCUUCUUCCUCCUCUACCACCACCUCCACCACCACCACCACCACCACCACCACCACCACCGCUAGUCACAACACCACCACAGAGUCUGCAGCAGCACCCGCUCUAGAUAUCUUUGGUGAUAUGUUUGAUUCUAUGCCUGAGCAAAGCCCGAGCGCUGAAUCCAAAGCUGCUACCACACCUAGCGUAGACCUGUUUGGUUCAGACCUCCCUGCCGUGUCUCGCGGGCCUUCUCCUCUGCCCGAGGAGCCCGCUCUGGCUGGGGACAUCGUGACGGAUACCUUCUCCUCCUCCUCCUCUCCUACUACUGCUGCAGCUCCUGCAGCCUCUCCUGCUCCAGCUCCACUGCCAGACGUCCCCUCUCCACCCAAAGCAGAGCCAGCAGCCGUCAUUGACUUGCUGGAUGACUUCAGCGGUCCCAGCGACGCAGCACCCAGCUCAGCACCCACUGGCCCUGUGGAAGCUGUGGACCUGCUGGGAGGACUGAUCUCCCCCAGUCUGGCGCCAACAGCUGCCCCGGCCCUGACCCUAGCCCCGGCCCUGGCUCCGGCCAUGGCUCCGGCCCUGGCCCCCCUCCAGAACGACCUCCUGGAGUCUGGUUUUGAGGCCCUGGGCUCCUUGCCUUCCCCCACGCCCCCGAUGCCAGCUUCAGUUCCCGUGGUGCCCAUCAUGGUACCGGCAGCUACCAUGGAGCCCACGAUGGCUCCAGCGCCCUCUGGUGGCUUUGAUGCUUCGAUGUUUGGUGGAAUAGGUGACCUGCUGAUGCCCGCCAUAACACCCCAGAGCACCGGGGGCAGCACCGGGGGUGGGAGCGUGUCAGGCAGCCUCGGGACCCCCGUCUCGGGCAUGGGCAUGGGCAUGGGCAUGGGCAUGGGCAUGGGCAUGGCGGCGGCCCCCCCACCGACGCCUCCACCUACUAAAACCAUCGUAGGGGACCUGGACUCGUCCCUGGCCAACCUCGUGGGAGACCUCGGAAUGAAGAAAAGGGACCCAAACAGUGAGAAGAAACUCACAGGAGGGGCCAACUGGACCCCCAAGGUAGCCCCUUCCAGCUGGGGUACACCUGCAGCCCCGUUGGCCGGUGCCACCUCUGCAGCGCCCCCUGCUGGAGCCAGGGGGCCACCGCUUGGCUCACAGUCUGGUUAUGGCAUGCCCAUGAUGGGUCAGCCGAUGAUGGGCCAGCCCAUGAUGAGACCACCCUUCACUGGCAUGGCCUCGGCACCAGGGGCUCCGCAGAUUUCUCAAGGACCUGCCGGCCAAAGUCCCAAGAAACCCAAGGACCCUCUGGCAGAACUGGACCUCAAAGACUUCUUAUAAAGCCUCAGAUACUGCUGUUUGGGGAGCAGACUGAGCUCUCAUCCCGUUUGCCGGAUGUCGCCGUUAAUCCCAAGAUACCAGAGACCCCCCCCAACAUCCCCUUUAGCUUCUUAAAACCCCUUUUCUUCAUCCCCGGCCCGGUAUCCCCCUGACCCCAGCCCUACCCCUCCCUCAUUCCAGUGUGAUGUCGUAGCACAAAAUGUGAAAGUGAACACUAGCGGUUUAUCUAUAUAUAAAAGAUGGAGAAAAAAAAUACUAAACUACAAGCGUGUGCUUAUGUCAAUGUAAUAAUCCUUGGUCUAAGCCAAAGCUGAGAAAACACAGAAAAAAUAUAUACAAAAGUAACUGAGAGAAGGUUAAGGAGUGUGUGUUUUCUGAUUCUUCGUUACCAGUGUUUGCCGUUUGAAUUUGGUUCGGAUGUGCGUCAUGUGUCCUAAACCCCACCCAUAAUCCCGUCUAACUCUGCGUACUUUGCGAAUGUGAGGGCAACUCUUUUCCUUUUCCUGCUCUUCUUGGGCAAUGGUAAAAAAAAAGAAAAAAAAAACUCACAUUAGUUUGGAAACAAACAGAAGAACAGACCAACAAACAAAACGUGUAGUGUGUCGUUUACAAAAGGGUCUUUUUUGAUGUACAUACAUUUCUCUGACAAAUGUAAGGAUUGUGUCUGUAUUCUGUAUGUCUGUGGAGAAGAAAUAUACAUGUGAUCCGAUAGGAAUUUAUGAAAUCUUGUGAGAAUUAUCUGAUUUUCUGUCAUUGUUUGGGAGAAUUAAGUGACAAAUAUAAAUCCUGAUAGAUGGUAUCUGUAUAGUAAGAAACAUUUAUGGGCUUCUAAAGCUAAUUGUACAAGAUAAUUGUAUGUUUCAUCCAUUUGUUAUUUUUCAUCCACAGCCUUUAAAAUGUUUCGGUCAAUAUUGUGCUCCAUGAUUUGUCGUGUCUUUUUUUUAGUAUCACAUAUUGUUAAUAUUCACUAACAUUGGUAUUUAUCCUCAACAUAUUUCCUCAACAUAUUAUCUCUUCAAAACAAUAUAGAAUAACUCAUUCACGCCGGUCAAUUGGAUCACGGUUGCCAUGUGAACAACUGACCCGUGUGACUCAUCUACACUCACACACAACUUGCCAUUUUUGAUACUGUCCAUGACAUUGUUUUUGUUUUAUCCAUAACCAUUGUAUGUGCUUUAAAGAAAAAUGGCUCUUAACUGGUCAUGGUGCGUGUGAUUGGAUGCGUUGAAGAAAGGACACAGCAGAUUGAUGAGCCAUCAGGUACCCCUUUCCUUUUCUACAUGUUUCUUUGAACCCCCUGGUCCUGCUUCUGUCCAGCCGUCGUCAGUAACAGUGAACCAGUGAAACGCUGUGUAUUGUGGGACUCUUCGGGAGGGGGUAGGGGCUUCAAACGAAUCAUUCUCAUGCACAGUGUGUCCUAGUUCCAUGAACUUUUCAACUAGACCCAACUUUGUUCUUGGCGUUGACCUGUGUUUGAAUGGCUGUGUAUUACCAGCGAGUACCAAGUCCUGUGGUGUAUACCUCUUUAUAUACCCCCGUUAAUAUAAACAUUUGUGUGCGUAUUGUUGUGUAACUUCAAUGGACCAUUUUAGCAACUGGUGGGAAGACAAUUGGAUGACUAAAUGGUGGGAUGAAAAAAUGCUAUUUUUAUGUUGUUUCAUUUUGUUUAUUUUAUUUACGAUGGCCCUACCCAGUGCAUGUAAGCCCUAUGAAAUGCAAUAAACCCGAUGACGGAACAAACUGCC